AUGUUCAGAAAGUUCUCUGCAGGAGAGAGUGUGUCAGGCACCACGCAGGCCAAGGCAUCAGUAGUGAGAGGAAUCAGAACAAAACUCACUGAACAGUACCCAGAGCUGGCCGACUAUAUCAGUGACAUCAUCCCUAAAAAAGAGCCCCUCCAUAUCUUGAAAUGUCAUGAUCACAUUGAGAUCCUGAUGAGAGACAAUGAGCUACUGCUGUUCAGACAGAGGGACGGUCCUUACAUUCCUACCCUCAGACUUCUACACAAGUAUCCGACAAUACUACCACGAGUACAGGUGGACAAGGGAGCAAUUAGGUUCAUCCUCAGCGGAGCCAACAUUAUGUGUCCCGGGCUCACCUCCCCUGGAGCCAGGAUGGACGUCUCUCUGCCUCAGGAUACUGUUGUCGCUGUAAUGGCUGAAGGGAAGGAGCACUGCGUCAGUAUCGGGAUGACUAAAAUGUCCACCGAUGAAAUAACUCGUGUGAACAAAGGAAUCGGUGUAGAAAACAUCCACUUCUUGUGCGACGGACUAUGGAACAUGAAAGAUUUUCACAGAUAGUCACAACACACUACUUCUUCACUCUCAACUCCCCACACUUCUAUUGUCAAUGAAUGUUGGUAGAGUGAAACUGAGGUGUGCUCUAAUUGGAGGAAUGAAAUUGUCAUGAAAUAGAUACAGGUGUUGAGCUACUAGAUGGAGCUGUUACUCCACCACUCGGUGUGGUACUAGCUGUCUCGGUUUUCGUCCCACCAUCCUCCACCCCACCACCAACACUAGUGUUUUCAUAGUUUUCCUCUGAGAACAGCUCCCCUCGUCGCGAGGAGAGGUACGUCAGGAGCUCCUUGAAGUGGUGGUGAAGCAGCUGAACGUGGGUCGAGGGCAGCUGGGCGUGGCAGAGAAAGAGAGGCAACUUUAUAAACAGUCUCAGGAGGUGUUCGGCUCCAUAGACUUGCGAUGGCAUCAGUGGAGAGCAGGGAUGAGUGCUGGUAGUGGUGGGCUCUAAUUGGAGUUUCUGUUGCUCUGGUUGCCAUGGGUUACCAUGUGGGGUGUGCUCUAAAUGGGGUGAUGGGCUACAGCUGUUUUUGGCAGUUUCUAGUGAAUUGGUUGAUCUUUGUCUGCUGGAGGAUGUUGUUUUGUUCCGAUCUGUUAUCACGGAUUUGAACUGUUCUCUCUCCGGUCCAUAUAGCAAGUGGUCUUCCAUCAUGAAAUCAAAGUAUAUCUUUAUCCCGUCCAGAACCUCAGCCAGUAAGGUGGGGCUAGUGUGUGUGUGACGAGACAUUGUUCAGUGGGUGGAGCAAUGGGUGUGGUCAGCCUCACCUAGUCUCCUCGGUGGGUGUGGCAAUGUUCUGGUAGUAGAACUGGCGAAGGAGGUCCUCCACACUUGGUUUCCUUGGCAACCUCAGCAGUUUGUGUUGGCAGAGGAUCCAGAAACACUCGUCCUCCAUGUUAGCUCUGAGAUGUGCUGGUAUCGGGAGAGGGAUCUCCUCGCUGGACU